AUGGUUGACUUUCCUUUUGCUGAAGCUCAGAUUGUGUCCCUCUUCGUCCAGAGUGUCAUCUAUGGCAUUCAUGCUACGAUCUUCGCCAUCUAUAUGUGGACAUGGAUACGCCGGAGCAAAGGUAGCCGGAAAUCCAUCAACUGGCCUAUGCUCUCCGUCGCGAUUGUGCUGUUUGUGAUCGGGACUACCGACCUUGUCUUCAACCUGUAUCACAACAUCGUAGCGUUCAUUUACUACACGGGGCCUGGCGGUGCCACAGGCGAAUUUGAACAUAUCUCAAAUUGGGCCAACGUUAUUCGGACUCUGGUACAGAGCGUAUGGACAUUCGUACAGACGUUGAUUGCGGAUGGAGCUUUGAUCUACCGUUGUUUGGUCAUAUACACUCGCAGACGCUGGGUAGUCGUUGCGCCCAUCAUCAUCUGGUUUGCCGAUGCGGCCUGCGCUGUGGCGGAAUUAUACUACACGGCGACACUCGAGCAGAACACAAACUUGGCUAAUGCCAGAACGGUUCAGCCAUUCGUCGACGGCUUCGUUACUCUGGCCCUUGCCAACAACAUCAUGACGACGGGUAAGUCUUGUUCACUCAAUAUCAUCUGUUUGAUCGUGUACCGGAUUCACCGCAUCCAUAAACAGUCUGCACAGGCUUUCUCAAGCGGGAUGAGAGUGACCACCGGAAGUCGUAUCAAACUUUCCGAAGUCAACAGAAUUCUCAUCGAAUCUGCUCUGCUAUAUACCGCAACCGCCGCUAUCGCCUUGAUUGUGAACUUAGCUAGAAGCAAUGCGGUUUAUGUUACCUCAGGCAUUGUCACGGAAAUGGCUGGAAUCCAGUUCGAUUUGAUCAUGAUUCGCGUCAACCGCGGCAUCGCCGCAGAGCAAGUCCAAGCUGCCACAGAGACCAUCCAGUUCGAGUUGCGCGAGACGGCAUCUAACUACAGAAGGGGUGUCAUAACAACUCAGUCUGCAGUUGAUUCGGCUUCUGCAGACUGGGAGGGAAAGGAUGUUCCGAUCAUUUCAAGUCUCAUACGAAAUGAGGACCAAAGUGGUUGA